AUGCUUUCUGUCGUCGCCGUUGCUGUCAUGGGUAUUGCAGACACCUGUAAUUCUGACUCCCCACCUACGAAUACGAUCGGUGUGCGAACAAUAGCUUCAGCAACCAGCAUCAUCGUAGACCAAGGCGUCUCUUCCGGUCAUCUGCCGCUCGAAGAAAUCGCUUACACGCCUUCUGCUCCAACAAAGCACUCACCUAGACCCUCACCCCAGCUCACCGCUACAGCAAAGGCUGGCAUUAUCGCUGCCUCCAUUGCUGUUUUCGUCAUUCUACUUCUACUCGUACUCGAGUACACCUAUCUUCGACGAAAACGACGGGAUCGCGACUUAGAACGAGCGAUCGAUGAAGUGGACGAUGGAACUGAGCUGAAGGAAUCCACGGCAAGCGAAAGCAAGGAGAACAUGGUACUCGAGAGCAGAGUUGAGAUAGUUAUCGAAGAAGAGCAGCGUAGUGAGAGUGAGAGUUGGGACGGGGAAAGCCAGUGGGGCGUUGGUACAGAUGGGGAAGACAGUGAUGGUGAUCUUGGUGAAUGGGGGAGGGGAGGGAGAUGGGAGACAGGGAGAAACGGUAUGAGCCUAUCACGAACAGAAAGCUGA